AUGAUGUUUCAAGUGUUAGCUUGUGGCGCCGUAGUUUUCCCCGGCUUGUUCUUCGCCUUUAGAAAGAUCCUGCCUAGAGUAUUCAAGCAUUGGAGUGAUGCCGACGUGGUGCUCGUUAGCGAAAGGGUUGUGUCCUCCAUCCAUGCUGUCAUGGCAACCACAGCAGGAGCUGUGGUCGUGUCGUCAUGCAGGGGCAACGUCAUCGAUGACAGGCACUGGCUGGCCACCCACUUUGUCAUCUGGUUUGGUGUUCCCUACAUGACGUACGAUCUCCUGGCCAUGUACCUCAGCCACUACCAUCGCUUCCGUGUCAAAGGGCACGAGGAAUACAAGCACCACUCUCUAGGGACAGUGAACUCUUUCGUCCGGCGGGAGUUUCUGCUGGUGUUGCAUCACAUCGCUCUGCUCACCGUCUUGUUGCCAGUCGCGUUGUUCUACCGAAAGGACAAGGGCGAUUUCUUCAUUGGGUGCUUGUUUCUCACCGAGCUCAGCACUCCCUUCGUCUCUCUAGGGAAGAUACUGAUUCAGUUGGGCCUCCAGGAAGGUUGGCUGCACAAGUUCAACGGCAUCAUGGUGUUGCUCACCUUCUUCAUGUGUCGCAUCGCCCUCUUCCCCUACAUGUACUGGGCAUAUGGCCGUCACUACAGCAUCCCGCUCUACGCUGUGCCCUUCAACCUUUCGCUCGCCGCCAACCUAGGGAACGCUUGCAUCCUGGCGCCACAGGUCUACUGGUUUGUCCUGCUGUGCCGAAAGGGCUAUCGCCUAUACCAGCGCAGUCGGCAGCCGCCCUCACCGCCGGCCAAGGAUCAGUGA